AUGUGGCAGCGUUGCCUGGUAACGGCAGCUCGAGCUGGCGGGCGGCUCCGGGAUAUGAGGGAGAGACGGCGGCGGGUUCUACCAGGUGAUCAUCUGUCCCUGCACUUCUCAGCAGCAGCCUAUAGAAAGCUUGUGUGAACAACAAUGUGCAGAAUUCUUACUGGAUUUGACAAGAGUCCACUUGCUUCAAGAUGAUUCUUUGUAGAUGAGCACAGUGGACACUCAGAGACAGGGCAGGUAUGCACUUACUCAAAAUGAGCAAUUCUCGGAUCUUCCAGAUUUGUGGCAUCAUGGCUUCUGUGUUCAUGAUUCUAUUGAUAAUUUUUUAUUGGGAUGAUGUUGGGACAGCCCAUUUUCACUUGCAUACGACUAUUUUGAAAAGUCAGGUCACACAUCUCCCUCUAAUGACAAACUUAAACCAUAACCAGCUGAAUUCCAAAAAGGCAGUAGAAGAAAGAAAGCCCAGUUCUGAACCUGACAUUAUUCAGGAUGAUCUUGACUUUAUGUUGGUUGAAAGCACAAAAGGAUACCUACAGGAAGGAGAUUCUCCUGAGAUGGAAGAAACUUUCAAUGCAGUACCUGAACCUAACCCUGAGAAACUCCCAGGCUUUGACUUGGGAAUCAAUUCUGCCCAAACAAAGACUGAGUUAGAAAGGAUACAAAAUGAGAGGAAACAAAAUAUUAAAGAUGUGUGUGCAGACUCCAGUAUCAUGUUCUCAGGGAAAAAUAGGAAUUUUGAAGAUAUUCCAAAUAAAGAACUGGACCAUCUUAUUGUGGAUGACCAGCAUGGCAUUAUUUACUGUUAUGUUCCCAAAGUGGCCUGCACUAAUUGGAAGCGGAUUAUGAUUUUAUUAAGUGGCAGUAUUUUGAAGCAAGGCACUGCAUACCGUGAUCCACUUGAGAUCCCCAGGGAUUUAGUGCAUAACUCAACCAGCCAUUUCACCUUCAACAAAUUCUGGAAGCGUUAUGGCAAAUUCUCAAAACACCUCAUGAAGAUCAAGCUGAAAAAGUACACCAAGUUUCUCUUUGUUCGUGAUCCUUUUGUUAGAUUAAUCUCAGCAUUCCGCAGCAAGUUUGAAAUUAAGAAUGAGGAUUUUUAUAAUCGUUUUGCAAUCCCAAUGCUCCAACUGUAUGCAAAUUGUUCUGACCCGCCAUCAACUGUCAAUGAGGCUUUCUCUGCAGGAAUCAAGCCCAGCUUUGUCAACUUUAUUCAGUAUUUGUUGGACCCUCACACAGAGAAGAAUAUGCCUUUUAAUGAACACUGGCGGCAGGUGUUUGCUUCGGACACAGUGGAGAGUUCCUGGUUUCAAUUGCUGCCGAUUUACUGCUCCAGGUCCAGCCACGGUUUUCGCAGAAGUGUUUGGGCAGCUGUGCAGGUUGAUAUCUUCUGUGGUGGUAACCAAAUGUGGACCUGGAAAAAUCCAGAAACUGACCUUGUCUGGCUUGCUCCAAUUGUCACCAGAUGUAUCCAGGCACAAUUCAGAGCUGCAUGAUUUGGGUUCAACUAACAAUUCCAAAGAGAGAAAAGGAAAGCUGCACUGAGCUGCUUAAGUAGGCAAAUCAAAGGGAUCAUCUGAAUUUUCCUGCAAAAGAAAUUCUGUUUGGCUGGAAACCCAGUACACAAGAAAAGGCAACAAAAUCUUGAGAGCAAACAGCAUCCAGUUCUCAAUCCAAGAAGAAAAAUACUGAAGGCUGUUUCAUGAGAUUCCAACCAUCUGUUGAAGAGUGGAGGCUGUGUGAAUGGCUUUCACCUCCUGCUCACAAUGCUGAACAGAGAGAAUCCAGCUGCCAACUUCUCAAAUGCAGGAAAGGCUGCGUGGUCCUCAAGUCUGCACUGUGGAAGGCAGCCGGAGCGUCCCUGGCUCCUACAAGGACACUGGGGAGGAAGGGAAGGGCAGGGCUGGGGGCUGCAACGUCAGCCCUUUCGGAGCCUGCUUCUGAACUCUGCAGUUAUCACUUCCCCCAUUGCUGCCCUUCCUGCUGGCUCUGCACAAGCAUUUUCCGCAUCGGUAGCAAGCCAGGAAACUGGCUUCAAACAGCAGUCUUGACAGGGGAACUCAUUUCAUAUAAUUGAUGUAUCAAACGUUCUUCAGUUGUUCUUGUCUUGAAACAUUCACUCAGUCUCUCUGUCUGCAUGUGCUGAGUUGCCCCAGCACCUUAUUUUUAUUUCAGAUCUUCAACAGCUGCAGUAUUUUGCUUUAAUUGCAUUUUUAAAAAAACUUUCAAAAAUGUGUCAUUUUACACUGUUUCUUUUCUUGCAUCCAAGUUUAGUUUAAUUUGAUGCUACGCACUCCAGCCUACUUGGUUCUACUGCAGCAGGGUUAAAAUCAACUAGGUAAAAACAAUGACUGCAGAUGCUGGAAACCAACAGACUGGUUACCAUUCACAUUAAUCAACAAUAAUUAGCUCAAUCAUAGAUUGAGUGCACAGGAUUUGAGUUAAACACUGUCUGCUGUGCCUGCAUGUUCUUGUUCUCGUUCCUGCCCUUAAGCAUUAAUAUGGGCUGUUGGCACAUCUACACCUUUGAAAGUGGGAGUCAUCUGCAGAGUUGAAGCCUGUUUCCCUGGGUGUUACAAUUCUGUGAGCAAAUAAACAUAGUAAA